AUGGCCCACCGAUUUCCAGCCCUCACCUCAGAACAGAAGAAGGAGCUCUGCGAAAUUGCACAGCGCAUUGUUGCCAAUGGGAAGGGGAUCCUGGCUGCAGAUGAGUCUGUAGGCACCAUGGGAAACCGCCUGCAGAGGAUCAAGGUGGAGAACACCGAGGAGAACCGCCGGCAGUUCCGAGAAAUCCUCUUCACUGUGGACAACUCCAUCAACCAGAGCAUCGGGGGCGUGAUCCUGUUCCAUGAGACCCUCUACCAGAAGGACAGCCAGGGAAAGCUGUUCAGAAACAUCCUCAAGGAAAAGGGGAUUGUGGUGGGAAUUAAGUUAGACCAGGGAGGUGCUCCCCUUGCAGGAACCAACAAAGAAACCACCAUUCAAGGUCUUGAUGGCCUUUCUGAGCGCUGUGCUCAGUACAAGAAAGACGGUGCUGACUUUGGGAAAUGGCGUGCUGUGCUGAGGAUUGACAACCAGUGUCCAUCCAACCUUGCCAUCCAGGAAAAUGCCAACACCCUGGCCCGCUACGCCAGCAUCUGUCAGCAGAAUGGGCUGGUACCCAUUGUUGAACCAGAGGUCAUUCCUGAUGGAGACCAUGACUUGGAACACUGCCAGUAUGUUACUGAGAAGGUCCUGGCGGCUGUCUACAAGGCCCUGAAUGACCAUCACGUUUACCUGGAGGGCACCCUGCUGAAGCCCAACAUGGUGACUGCCGGACAUGCCUGCACCAAAAAGUAUACUCCAGAGCAAGUGGCUAUGGCCACCGUCACUGCUCUCCACCGGACUGUUCCCGCAGCUGUUCCCGGCAUCUGCUUCUUGUCCGGGGGCAUGAGCGAAGAGGAUGCUACUCUCAACCUCAAUGCUAUCAACCUUUGCCCUCUACCAAAGCCCUGGAAACUCAGUUUCUCCUACGGACGGGCCCUGCAGGCCAGUGCACUGGCUGCCUGGGGUGGCAAGGCUGCCAACAAGAAGGCCACCCAGGAGGCUUUCAUGAAGCGGGCCCUGGCUAACUGCCAGGCAGCCAAAGGACAGUAUGUUCACAUGGGCUCUUCUGCUGCUACUUCUACUCAGUCCCUCUUCACAGCCUCCUACACCUACUAG